GGAUACGAAUCGAGGCCGGUAAUACACAAAACUUGUUUUCUAGAUGUCAAACUUUUUUUUAGAAAUAAAAAAAAGACCGAUAUUUGACCAGGUGAUCUUAGUAUUUAAAAAAAAAAAAAAAUGCGCAGGACACGAAUGACCCAGGCAUGUAUAUUAAGGGUUAAUUAAUUUGUCACAUGGAAACGUGAAGUGCCUACGCAUUUUUAACGAUCGUGAUCGAAAUUUAUCGGAAAGUUACAACAGUAUAAAAAUAACGAAUCUGUACAAGUAACAUAUCGAGACUCUGUGUGGAUACAAUGGCACUUCGAAAAAGAUCAGACAAUUGGAUUUGGAAACAUGUUCUUAAAUUAGACGAUCCUUAUGUACAGUGCAAUAUAAAUAAUUGCAAGAAAACUUAUAAAAUAAUUAACAAAUGUGAAUCUAGAGCGAUAUUGAUGAUGAAAGGACAUUUAUACCAUGAGCAUGGAAAAUACGAUGAAAAAGAUCGGUUAAAAUGGGAAAACGACAAUGACUUGAUAUGGCGAUAUUUCGAUAAAGCAAACUUAUACACAGUAAGUUGUAAAUUUUGUGACAAUUUACUUCGUCAACCAUAUGUACCACUUAUAAAGUCGCAUCUGCAAAAUCAUCGUCAAGAAAUAAGAGCUGCUGUACAAAAAGAAUUUGCUGAUAAGUCUCUUUCGCAAUAUUAUAAAAUCGAUAUGAAAGAACUUAAUGCACAGUGCAAACGUUGCAAAGAUAAAAUGGACAUAUUUUACGGAACAGAUGCCUUAACACAUCACAUUCGUGAAUGUUUAAAAAAGUAUCAACGUUUAAAGUCUGGACAAAAAUCUGAAGAUAAUAAUGUGAACAGAACGACACAACAGUCUACAGCCACUGAAAAUGCAAAUACAAGCUCUCAUCAUGAUAAUAUAAAUAGUCAGCCUGGAAAUCGAGAAAAUCAACAAAGUGACACAUCGCAAGACUAUGUGGAUGUAAUGGCAGCUCGAGAAAGAUCAAACAAUUGGGUGUGGAAUUAUUUACUUAAAUUAGACGAUUCUACUGUACAGUGCAAUAUAGAUAACUGUACUAUAACUUAUAAUACUGUUGAUAGAAAUAAAAGUAGAUUGGUAAUAAUGAUAAAAGGACAUUUAUACCAUGAGCAUGGAAAAUACGAUGAAGAAGAUCUGUUAAAAUGGGAAAACGACAAUGAUUUAAUAUGGCGAUAUUUCGAUAAAGCAGGUUUAUACAAAGAAAAAUGUAAAUUUUGUAACGAUUCACUUUUCGUAUCAUAUACACCAUCGUUAAUGGAUCAUCUGCGACAAUAUCAUCGUCAAAAAAUAAGAGCUAGUGUACGAAAAGAAAUUGCGGAUAAGUCUCUAUCGCAAUAUUUCAAAAUUCAUGAAGAAGAAUUUAGUGCAUGGUGCAAACGUUGCAAUUAUAAAAUGGACAUAUUCUACGGAACAGAUGACUUAACACAUCACAUUUGUUUAAAAAUGAAUCAACGUUUAAGGUCUGGACAAAAACCUGAAGAUGAUAAUGUGAACAGAAUGACACAACAGUCUACAGUCACUGAAAAUGCAGAUACAAGCUCCUAUCAUGAUAAUAUAAAUAGUCAGCCUGGAAAUCGAGAAAAUCAACAAAGUGACACAUCGCAAGACUGUGUGGAUGUAAUGGCAGCUCGAGAAAGAUCAAACAAUUGGGUGUGGGAACAUUUACUUAAAUUAGACGAUUCUACUGUACAAUGCAAUAUCGAUAAUUGUGAUAAAACUUAUACGACUUUUGAUAGAAAUAAAGGUAGACUGAUAAUAAUGAUAAAAGGACAUUUAUACCAUGAGCAUGGAAAAUACGAUGAAGAAGAUCGGUUAAAAUGGGAAAACGACAAUGACUUAAUAUGGCGAUAUUUCGACAAAGUAGGUUUAUACAAAGAAAAAUGUAAAUUUUGUAACGAUUCACUUUUCAUAUCAUAUACACCAUCGUUAAGGCAUCAUCUGCGACAAUACCAUCGUCAAAAAAUAAGAGCUGAUAUACUAAAAGAAAUUGCGGAUAAGUCUCUAUCACAAUAUUUCAAAAUUCAUGAGAAAGAAUUUAGUGCACGGUGCAAACGUUGCAAUGUUGAAAAAAACAUAUUUUACGGAACAGAUGCCUUAAUACAUCACAUGCAAAAAAGUCGAUGUGUAUGGUAUCGUGACGAUCUUGAUGAUAAUAACAUGAACAGAAUAACACAAGAAUCUAUAGCUGAUGAAAAUACAAAUUCAAGUUCCCAUCAUGAUAAUUUAAAUAGACAAGCUCUUGGAAAUCGAGAAGAUCAACAAAGUGACACAUCGCGACAUUGUACGGAUGUAAUGGCAGCUCUAGAAGGAUUAAACAGUUGGGUGUGGAAACAUGUUCUUAAAUUAGACAAUUUAACUGUACAGUGCAAUAUAAAUGAUUGUGCCCAAACUUAUAUAAACCAAACUGAUAAAAAGCUUGCAAUUAGAAUGAUAACAAUGAUAAAGGAACAUUUAUACCAUAAGCACGAAAUAUGGAAUGAAGAAGAUCGCUUAAAAUGGAUGAACAACAAUGAUUUGGUGUGGCGAUACUUCGACAAAGUAGACUUAUACAAAGAAAAAUGUAAAUUUUGUAACAUUUCACUUUAUCAAGCACAUAUACCAUUUAUAAAAAAGCAUCUGCAAAGACAUCGUCAAGAAAUAAGAACUAUUGUACGAAAAGAAAUUGCGGAUAAGUCUCUAUCGCAAGAUUUUGAAAUAGAUGAAAAAGAAUUUAGCGCAUUAUGUAAACAUUGCAAUGUUAAAAAGAACAUAUUUUACGGAACAGAUGCCUUAACACACACUUGUUUAGAAAAAAAUCAAUGUUUAAUGUCUCGACAAGAAGAAGAUAUUGAUGAUCCUGAAAAUAAUGAUGUGAACAGAAUGACACAACAGUCUGUAGCCACUGAAAAUGCAAUUACAAGCUCCCAUCAUGAUGAUAUUCAAGACCAACAAAGCAACACAGGAAUAAAUAACUUAAGAUCUCACUGCCAAUAUCAUAUAAAUGAAAAUUCAAGGUAUGAAAAAGAAGUUGCAGAUGAAAAUGCAAUUACAAGCACCCAUCAUGAUGAUGUAAAUAGGCAAACUCCUCGAAAUCAAGACCAACAAAGGUAUGAAGAAGGAGCUGUAGAUGAAAAUGCAAUUACAAGCUCCCAUCGUGAUGAUAUAAAUAGGCAAGCUCCCCGAAAUCAAGACCAACAAAGCAACACAGGAAUAAAUGACUUAAGAUCUCACUGUCAAUAUCAUAUAAAUGAAAAUUCAAGGUAUGAAGGAGCUGCAGAUGAAAAUGCAAUUACAAGCUCCCAUGAUGAUAUAAAUAGACAAGCUCCUCGAAAUCAAGAUCAACAAAAGUAUGAAGAAGGAGCUGCAGAUAAUAGCGAGUAUAGAAUGAUACAACAAGAUGUAGCAGCAGAAAAUAUGGUUACAUGUUAUCAUCAUGAAAGUACAUAUUGGCAUGAUCUUGAAAAUCAAGAAGGUCAACAGAGUUCUGAAGAAAAUAACAUGAAUAACAUAGUAUUCCUUGCUCAUGAUGUUUCGGAUGUUAAUUCUCAUUAUGAUGGUACAAACUGGCAAGGUCUUGGAUAUCAAAUAGAUCAACAGAGAAUGAUGCACGAGUCUAUAGCAGCAGUAAAUAUGGCUACAAGUUAUCAUGAUGGAAAUACAUAUUGUUCUGAAGAAAAUAACACGAAUAACAUAGUAUUCCUUGCUCAUGAUGUUUCGGAUGUAAGUUCUCACGACGGUACAAAUUGGCAAGGUCUUGGAUAUCAAAUAGAUCAACAGAGGUACGAAAAUCAACAAAGUUCUGAAGAAAAUAACACGAAUAACAUAGUAUUCCUUGGUCAUGAUGUUUCGGAUAUAAGUUCUCAUUAUGACGGUACAAACUGGCAAGGUCUUGGAUAUCAAAUAGAUCAACAGAGUUCUGAAGAAAAUAACACGGAUAACAUAGUAUUCCUUGGUCAUGAUGUUUCGGAUGUAAGUUCUCAUUAUAACGGUACAAAUUGGCAAGGUCUUGAAUAUCAAAUAGAUCAACAGAAGUAUGUAGAUCAACAAAGUUCUGAAGGUAAUAACACGAAUAGCAUAGUAUUCCUUGCUCAUAAUGUUUCGGAUGUAAAUUCUCCUCAUGAUGGUACAAACUGGCAAACUCUUGGAUAUCAAGUAGAUCAACAGAGAAUGAUGGAUCAAUUCGUGGCAGCAGGAAAUGUGACUACAAAUUUUCAUAAUGACGAUACAAACUGGCAAGCUGUUGGAUAUCUAGUAGAUCAGCAGAGAAUGAUGCAUCAAUUCGUGGCAACAGAAAAUGUGGCUACAAGUUCUCAUAAUGACGGUACAACUUUGCAAGCUCUUGGAAAUCAAGAAAAUCAAUAA